AUGGCAACUCCCGACGGUUACCAAGUUACCGUCUGGUGGUUACGUCCCAGCUACUAUCCAUUUUUCAUCGGUUUCCCCUCUUUACCAAGCAUUUUCAAAGCUUCGCUUUCCCAAUUCAACUUUACAGACAUAUCUUGUAACUCAUUGACUGGUACCUACAUCAGACCAGAUGAAGUCCGGUGCCAUGUUAUCCAGACAUCUUUCCAAGAACCAGAUGGCACAGAGACGUCAAUGCAAUUUCCCGUUAGCCGUGUGAUGGCAGCCAUACAUCGUUACAUGGUCAACUGCCUUUCUCGUCCUUCUUAG